AUCAAUAACACGUUCUUAUUAUCGCAACUCUGUGGGUGGCUUAUUAGUGUUUGACAUCACCAAUCGACGAUCUUUUGAACAUGUGAAAGACUGGCUAGCAGAAGCAAAAAUGCACGUGCAGCCCUUUCAGAUUGUCUUCCUGUUAGUAGGACAUAAAUGUGACUUAGUGUCACAGCGUGAGGUUACAAGAGAAGAAGCUGAAAAACUGUCAUCUGACUGUGGUAUGAAAUAUAUAGAAACUUCAGCAAAAGAUGCUACAAAUGUUGAAGAGUCCUUUACAAUUCUUACACGAGACAUCUAUGAGCUUGUAAAAAAAGGAGAAAUCUCAAUACAAGAUGGAUGGGAAGGUGUCAAGAGUGGCUUUGUUCCAAAUGUUGUACAUUCAUCAGAAGAAGCUGUGAAGCCCAGAAGACAGUGCAUCUGCUGAAUUUGUAACAUGCCAAAGAGAACAUCAGGUGUUCAGAAGAUGAUGCCAACCUAAAUAACAGAAUAAUAAUUUUGAAACAAUAUUAGAUCAUGACAUAGCUGAAUCACAGAACAGUAAUUUGGUUUUGUAUCCUUCUGUCUAGGUCAUAACUUCAUAAAAUUUUAAGUGCUUUUUUCUUUUCAGAGUACAAUAACUUUGUGUGGUCUUCAGGAAAAGAAAUUAUAUAUUGCUAAAGGAAAA